AUGGCAAAUGACGCUCUUGCCCUUGUGGCAACUGCCCUUGCAGAAGCCAGCCCAGGAGGGGUCCCGGGGGACCAACUACAGAGGUUUCGGCGUCCGCACCGGCGACCGGCGCGUCCUCCUCGGUCCGGGCUCCGCCCUGUUCCCCUGUCGCCGCAGUCGCCACCGCAGCCGGUGCAGACGCCGUUACAGGCUCCGGUGACGCCGUCAGCUCCACCGCCACGGUCGGUUCCUGAGCCACUGGUGGUCCCGUCUCCCCCGGUUGCCAGUGCCUGGGGGAUGGGAGAGGGUGAGGCUGAGCCGCCGCCAGAGGCAGCGUCAGACCCGCCAGGCUCAGCAGCAGCCGUCGUCUCAGUCGCCUCAGCAGCAACCCCCUCCAGCCCCGCAGCAGCUGCAUCCUCAACCGUCGCGGCCACCUCUGUCUCAGACCCCAUUGCGCCACUUCCCCCUGCCGCCUCGGCCGCAGCCGCCUCGCCCCCCGUCGUCUCCUGUUCCUCCGGCGCCUCCCGAUGUGCAGGUGUGGAGGUUGGGGGGAUGUUGCCGUCGGAGCAGUCAGCGGCGGUGUCCGCCGCAAGGGAGAUGCUGCAUUAUCUCCCCCUGAUCGGGCUUGUCCAGGGCGCCCCUGGUGCUGCGCUCGGGCCUGGCCCUGGGGCAAUGUUGCGGCUUGCUGAGUCUGCGCAAGGGGCCCCUCUUGGUCUUGUAUCAGCCGCCGCAUCCGUCCUACGCUGGAUGGACGGGAGGCUGUGCUGGAUACUCUCCGAGUAG